AAGCGCAAUGUUUUGUUGCUCGUGUGCGCUGCUUACCAUGCAGUCCAGGCCUUUGUCCCGGUGAAUUUGUGCAUGGGCACCACGGGGGCUCCCACCAACCCACCCGCUUCGGCAACAAAGCAUAUGAUCAGUGCCUCCCCCGCAUCAGUGAACAGCAGAGGUAGUCGGGGCAUGACAAGGGCAGAUGCUGCAAGGGCUGUGGGUGCUACCAUCGCUGGAACGCUGGGCCUGAAGGUCACGUCUUGUUCUGCAGCCGUCAGGAGCAAGGAAGACCUGGUUAGGCUGCUGCGCGAAGCCAGGACACAGCUGGAUCCGGUGGAUCAGAUGAUUGAGGACGCCAAGUGGGAUGCGAUCAGGAAUAUAAUCAAAACCUCUCCGUUGGCAGACGUCAAGAACGUCAUCGCUGAGCUCGCGCGACAAUCGGACGAGGACGACUCGGCUCUCCUGCUUGGCCUACGGCAGGACGUGUUGGACCACGUCCAGUACCUAGACAGCUUCUCGUACAACAACGUCUUCGUAGGGGAGGAGCGCCAGAUUCUCGGCACCAAGAUUGACUUCGACACCCCACGGAUGGAGCUGAGGCAGGCCCGUGAGGCUUUCGACAUAAUCAUGGAGGUUUUGCCGUAGACGGGGCUAGGCAUGGUCUUGGCUACGGAUGCCGGGCUUGUGGUAGAGCUGUUGUUCUCCACGCUCCGAGCGAUAGAGGUAAACUAACGUGUAGCUUCAGCGAACCACGUGCGUUUCUCUACGCCGCCGGCCUUUGUGCCAUGCAUCGAUCGUAGCCUAUCGCAGGACGUUGCUUUACCACUGUCCGAUAGCAAACGGUUACGUUGGAUUCAUCGUGGCCAUCCCUUUUUAUGGAAAAAAACGUACCGUAGGUGACGUAAGAUACCACACCCCCUAGACCGAUUUUCCAAGCUUCAUUACUAUCAUCAUGACGGCGUUGGAUGCUUCUCGUCUCGCACAUCCUCUUCAUCGUGCAGUAAUCGAGCUUUGGAAUUCGCUCCGGGGCGUGUGGUGUCUUACGUCAUGGCACCCACGGUAUCCUGUAUAGACGAGAGGGGGUAUGUGCAUUAGAAACAGUCUAGUUUUAUUGGUCAAUAGGUGGUGGUUACGUGGAGGUAGACUGGCGUAGGAGUCAAUCGCGAUUUAUUUUUUGUUUU